AUGGCUCACAAUAUUGCAUUCUCGCAGGCCGCUCAGGCUUUCACUUUCGAACUCGAUGACGCGCUACAGACAUUUUCACACGAGCGCCUGCGGCAAGUUGUCCGGUACAUGUGUAUGACGAGCUCGCGCCAGAGGGAGAUAUUCAAGACAUGGUUGUUCGUGACCGAGGACAAAGUCCCUCGACCCGUGACUUCUACCUUUGAGGAACAUUCCAGCAACUAG